AUGGCGUCGUCAGCCGAACUCUCUAGGUCACUCAAGGACCUGUCCAAAGCUUUGACGUCCUUCUUUGCUUCGCCUUCCCUCCCGCUACCCGACCAUGUUGCCGAAGUCAUCGAUGCCUACCUGAACAAGCAUGAGAAAUACGAAGAUUCGAGCGCCGAAAGACUACAAGAUGACUUCCUCGGCAUCUGGGAUAAGCACGUCAAGGGUGCACCGUCCAAAUAUGCCGCAUUCAUCCACGUCUUUCGCCUUCUAGUGCCCGCGAUCCGCGCGCCGGCCCGUCUACUCAAAUGGUGGGACAUACUCAACGACCCGAUACUGGAGAACUUUACUCGGGAGAAAGGCUUGAUGGAAGAGUCUCACCAUGCCACGCUUGAGGUUCUAAUGCUGGACGCACCGAGAGAGGACGAUCCGAACGAAGAACGGGUUGUAAAUCCAUUCGCCACGAGGCUCUUGUUGUCGUGGUUGGAAAAAUACAACAAAACCCAGUCUGAGAAUGACUUGAUUGCGCAAUCCAGCGAGCGUGCGAUACGCCAGGCCUUGAUAACGUAUGGUAGGAGGAAGCCGAAGGAUUUCCUCUUCACGUUGGAUGCGUGCUUCGUGCGGAGUGAAUUCCGUGCGAGGGCCGCCAAUUUACUGUGCGAAUUUGUCCAGAGCCAACCACCACACCUACACCUGAUAUUGCAAACGCCGCUGUUCAAUAACCUACUGCGAUGCCUGCAACAGGACACGUCGGCUACUGCCAUUUCGAUGGCGAUCACCGCCCUCAUCAUGAUAUUGCCACAUAUGCCCAGUUCAUUGGUGCCACAUCUCCCAAAUUUGUUCAAUAUCUACGCGCGGUUACUGUUCUGGGACAGCGAACGGACGGGGAUUAUUGAGGCGACAUCAGUUGAAAGCGAGCAGAAAAGCCUCGCUUCGCCUUCAGGGUGGGAGACAUGCCAAUAUUCUCCCGAGGCCGACGAUAUCGAGGUCCCUCAUCUCGCUAAUUACUUUACCGUUCUCUAUGGCUUAUAUCCUAUCAAUUUCAUGGACUACAUUCGGAAGCCGCAGCGUUAUCUCCGACAUGCCAACGCGGUCAAUCCGGACGAGGUGGAAGUUCAACCAACAGAAAUAAGGUACAAGUCUGAGCGAUACAGGCAAAGCCAUCUUUUGCACCCCAACUUCUAUACUCUGACAAUCGAGUCUGAAAAGACUGAUUUCGGGCGAUGGAUGACGAGCGAACCAGCAGAAGUUGUGGCUGAGUGCAUGGCGCUGCGUUUCUCCCCAGAUACUUUAGCAGCUUUGGAACCGGACAGCAUGCAAUCGGCUGAGGGUGACGGCUCCCUUCUCAGCAAUGAAUCUGAUCAAGACGGUCUCGGGCCCGCCUUGCUCAGCGGAUCCAGCUUAGAACCUGGUGCCGAGAGCUGGAGAAGCAACCAAGAUGUGGAACAAAAUUCGACGACAAGCAGCCGUGUCCAUUCAAGCAGCCAACGCCAGAGCUCGCUUUCCAGUCAGCCUUCGCAAAGAAACUCCUUAGAAGCCCCCAAAGCAGAUCUCGUUGGGGAUAGUCCAACUUUGCCCCCUCAGCUUGUUCCGUCGUCCUCCCAUACUCAUUUACAGGACAUGAUCCAGUCGAACAAGGCUAUCAAAGCGGGACUCCAUCAAUCUUUAGCUAAUGACAGCGUUCCAUCACUCGCACUAAGCCAUCCAGACUCAGCAGCAGAGAAGACUACUGGCCACAUGCCUCCACCUAUGCCAGUAAUUUCUACACCGACGUCUACCACCGAUGGACAAUCUCAAGUUGCGCACCUGCAGAGGCAGAUUCUUCUACUCCACAAUGAUUUGAACUUCGAGCGGUACCUCAAGCAGCAACACAUGGCGCAUAUCGGCGAGUUGCGACGGAAACAGGUGCGGGAAGCUGCAAGUGAAGCUGAAACUCAGAAUCUUAUCUUGACGAACCGGACGCUGAGGAAACGUUUGGAAGAUUCGAAGAAGGCCGAGAGUCAAAUCAGGAAAGAGUCAGAGAAGAGCCGAACUUUGGCCAAAAAGUGGGAGUCUGACUUGUCUGCCAAGUUGCGGGCUCUUCGUGAAGAGUCGAGGAAGACAAAGACGGAGAUUCAGUCUCUCCAACAAGAAUUGCAAGGCGCACGAGAAGAGAGCGAGAAGCUGAAGAAGCUAGUAUGCGAUGCUGAGGUCAAGGAGCUCAACUCGAAGCAGACUAUGCAGUCUGUCGAGAUCAAUGCUGCCGAGAACGACCGCUUGAAGGCUGACGUGGAGCGACUUUCAAUCUCAGAAAGAGACCUACAAGCCAAGGAAGCAGAGAGACAGGCGGCAAUCACGUCUGCCGCAGAAGCGGAGAAUCGAGCCGAGAUCCUGGACUUGAAGCUUCAAGCGCGCGAGGAGGAACUCCAGAAGACCAAGAAACUUUUCCAGACCCAGAUUGGUGUGCUCAACUCGAAGCUCUUAGAGGCGCACGAAGGAAUCCAACGCAGGAGGAACGCCGAAACCAAGGCGGCGGUCGAGAGCGCGCUGGCGGUGAGUCGGGCGAAGCAGGCUGAGCUGCAGAAGCAGUAUACGAGUCUGAUGAGGAAAUACACGGUUCUGCAAUCGCAGCUAGAGGAGAAUCGGUUCUCGAUAGGAUCUUCGAAUUCUCAUGGCCGGGGCGAUUUUGUCUUCCGCAUGGAUGGUGACGGAGAAGGUUCAACACACUCGAGCAGUCCGGUCACGACGAGGGGUAGCCACUCGGGGAUCCAUAGGGUCUUGUCAGAGCACGACUUCCUCAACCCAACGUCGUACAAUGCGACGCCGCCCAUCAUGUCGAAGCCGUCGACACCGGUUCCCUCGAGCUCACAUCUCCCGCCCGUACCUUCCAGCCCGAUAGAGACGGACGAGGCCAUUAGCCCGACCACGGCAGAUCCGAGAUAUUUCGGCAGAGGUGGAGUACAGAACCGACGGAAAGAUGAGAAGGGAAAGAAGAAAGAGGAUGGUGGCAUUGGCAGUGGCGGUGGAGACAAGAAGGAGAAAAAGUCUGGAGUGAUAAGAGGUAUCCGUGGAUACAUGUGA